GGCGUGCGAAAUCGGAACGUCCCUCAGCGGCCGAGUUCUUGCCGGGGUCGCUUGCUGCUGACGUGUGCCUGACCGGCUUCAGGCCGAGGUGCAGGUCGCUAUGGCGGUGGACAUCACACUGCUCUUCCGAGCUAGCGUCAAAACAGUGAAGACUCGGAAUAAGGCUCUGGGAGUGGCCGUGGGUGGUGGGGCCGAUGGCAGCCGGGAUGAACUGUUCCGCAGAAGUCCUCGGCCCAAGGGAGACUUCUCCAGCCGGGCCCGUGAAGUGAUUUCUCACAUUGGGAAGCUGAGAGACUUUCUCCUGGAACACAGGAAGGAGUAUAUUAAUGCCUACAGCCACACCAUGUCUGAAUAUGGAAGGAUGACAGACACAGAGCGAGACCAGAUAGACCAGGAUGCUCAGAUCUUCAUGAGGACCUGUUCAGAUGCAAUUCAGCAACUCAGAACAGAAGCCCACAAGGAGAUACAUUCCCAGCAAGUGAAGGAACACAGGACUGCGGUUUUGGAUUUCGUUGAAGAUUACUUAAAAAGAGUGUGUAAGCUUUACUCUGAACAAAGAGCCAUCCGAGUGAAGCGUGUGGUGGAUAAGAAAAGACUAUCUAAGCUGGAACCUGAGCCACAUACAAAGAGGAAAGAGUCCACAUCUGAGAAAGCCUCUCAGAAUGCUUCCCAGGACUCUGAAGAAAAGCCUGCUGCUGAGGAGUUGCCAGAAAAGCCUUUGGCUGAGUCACAACCCGAACUGGGAACCUGGGGCGAUGGCAAGGGUGAAGAUGAGCUGUCUCCUGAAGAGAUACAGAUGUUUGAACAAGAAAAUCAGCGACUCAUUGGUGAAAUGAACAGCUUAUUUGAUGAAGUGAGGCAAAUUGAAGGGAAAGUUGUUGAAAUUUCCAGACUCCAAGAGAUAUUCACUGAAAAGGUUUUGCAACAGGAAACUGAGAUCGACAGUAUUCACCAGUUAGUUGUGGGGGCAACUGAAAAUAUUAAGGAAGGCAACGAAGACAUACGAGAGGCCAUCAAAAACAAUGCAGGCUUCCGAGUGUGGAUCCUCUUCUUCCUCGUGAUGUGUUCCUUUUCCUUGCUCUUCCUUGACUGGUAUGACAGCUAGCCCACCAGGGCUGCGCCUGCGCCUGCACCACUGCCUUGGACACACCAUGUGCCAGCAUGUGUCUCAUCUGCUAUGGAGCUGUGUAAGGUCCAAGGGUUGGGAAAACAUGGCCCCCAAGCCAACCUUUGGAACCUCUCAGGACCUGGAAAUACAUGGGUUGCAAGUGUCCUAUAUAGUCUUCAGGGUGGAAGAUAAAGUUAGUCAGAGCUACACUGUCAGGACAGGCCACAAGCAUGGUGGGGGCUGCGCAGCGCAAGGGUAUGGCACGCCUCCUGUCCUCACUACAGGCUUGGGGCCAUCUCCUGCCCUUCCCACACCAGUAGCUUCAGGGGAGAACGUGCCUGUUUCUAAAGUCAUCAGUUCUUAUUUCCUUGUGUCAUCUCAUGUGUGCUGAUACGUGGCCAUUUUGUCAUAGAAAAUAAUUCACAGCUGCCUUGUCAAGCUAAUAAAUGCAAUUACAGCA